AUGGGCAUCCCGGACACGGCAUUGACAACAUUGAGUGAGGAAGUAGUGCAACAGUUGCAUAACAGGUAUGAUGUUGAAGUUAGGGUUGUGAAGAACUCCUAUGAGGGUGAUUACGGUCACUAUCUGUUGGUAACGGGCGAGUCGAAGGAAACGGACAUUGGCAACUGUCACGAUGAGAUCAUUCGCAUCAUCAAUAAGCAGCCAUCCCACGCUACGGCUGGUCCUGAGCUUGGUGCGGGCCCUCGUGCUGUUUCCCCGUCUACCACACCAUCACCGUCGGCUGACGCUGAGGUAGCUGCUGCCGCUGUGGCUACACCCGAUGCGGGUAGACCGGAAGCGGCGGUCCCCGCGGGGGUAGCUGCAGACCAAAUGCGACGCUCAUCGCAGAUAAUGCAGAUGGCUCCGCAAAUGGCGGCUCAGCAACAGGCAUAUGGUGCUAGUGUUGCGAUGUGGCAGCAACAACAGCAGCUGCAGAGGCAACACUCGUUGCAGCAACAGCAGCAGCAGCAGCAACAACAACAACAGCAAUAUCAACAGUAUUAUUACCAACAACAACAGCAGCAGAUGGCCAAUGCUCACAUGCAACAACAACAAGCUCAGCAUCAAGCUGCUCAGCAACAGCAGCAACAACACGCUGCUGCUGCAGCUGCCGCUGCUCAGCAGAAUGCCAUGUUCCAACAGCAGCAGCAACAACAACAGCAUGCAGGGCUCAUAUGGUAUUAUAUCGAUGAUGUUGGUAAUAUUCAAGGCCCCUUCAAUAAGGCGGAACUUGCUGGAUGGUAUUGCAAUAGAUGGCUGAGUGAACAGUUGAUGGUGUGCAAGUCGCUGUCAUGGCCCAACCCCCAGACUUCCCAAUUCGUCCCUCUGAGAGACUAUCUUCACGAGAUUCUCAAUUAGGAAACGCAGUCGUCUUUUUGAAAUAGGCGUUAUCGAUGGUCUCAUUCUAUGAUAACCAGUUAGUAUGCUGCUUCUGAAUCUUUCUUGUAUAUUUCUGUAGAAGGGCAUGGUAGCUGUCACACGUCUCUUAUUUGUGAGAUGUGUUCCAUUUUUCCUGCUAUUAGUGAUCGUAGCAGUUGGAGUCAUCGAAGCCGCAUUCCGACUUUGUCUAUUUUGUUCCUAUCGAUCCUGCUAAUCUCCUCAUUAGUAUGAGGAUACUCACGAUACUCAUGUACUGCAUUGGAUACUGCUCAGUACCUGUAACGGUCAUAUGCCCUCGUGUUGAGACGUGUUGGUAGUACCUGCUUGCGGUGGUUAUACGUAGAAUUAUGUUGGCUAUUCGUAGU